UACAAGCUUUCUUUAUGCAACUACUUGGAGCAUCAGAACAAUUCCAAUAUACAUAUCCAGAAUACUAAGAAUAUAUUUGAUUCUUUUAAAAGCUUUAAGAAAGCUCUUAAGAAAAUCUUUAAUAAUUUUAAUAAAGAAUGUAUUACAGCUUAG